GCCUGCAGUUCAAAGGGGCUGGUCACCUGGAUUUGCAUAAGCAACACUUGGGCCAUUUCUGAAACUGAGUUUUAAAACUGGCAACUCUUUUUUAUCACCCCUUUGGGUUUUUGCAAAAUCCCUCUUUGUACCAACUUCCUUACAGCUACUCUUAUUUCCUGUUGUAGAAUUUUUUUUUCUUCCAGGGAAUAGAAAUCAAGACAACCCCUUCUCUAGGAAGGAGGUGGUUGGUCUGAUCUCAAGUGGUGUGAGAAGACCUAUUUUGAUCUAAACCAGGAUCCUAGGCUGGGUUAUUUCCAACCCGGGUCAAACAAUUUUGAUCGCAAGAUGUUUUUUUGGUUUAUAUGCUGUCUUGUGGAUAUGUGGCUGAUUUCUGCCUCAGAUGAGAUCUGUCCAGAACUCCCCCCAGUGGACAAUAGCAUAUUUGUUGCAAAGGAGGGGGAAGGACAAAUUCUGGGGACUUACUUAUGUAACAGUGGCUACCACCUGGUAGGAGAGAAAACCCUUUUUUGUAAUGCAUCUAAGGGAUGGAAUGCCCCCGCUCCCGAGUGCCGCUAUCUCUGCCUGUUUUCUUCUUCAGUGGGCCACUGUCCUGACCCUUUGCUGGUGAAUGGUGAGUUUAGUUCCUUGGAGCCUGUGAAUGUGAAUGACACUAUCACGUUUAAGUGCAACGAGCAUUACGUCCUCAAGGGCAGCAAUUGGAGCCGGUGCCUAGAGAACCACACCUGGGUGCCUCCCUUUCCUGUCUGCAAAAGCAGAGACUGUGGCCCUCCUGAGAAUCCAACUCAUGGCUAUUUUGAAGGAAUAGAUUUCAACUCAGGAUCUACCAUUACUUAUUACUGUGAAGCGAGGUACUGCCUGGUGGGCACACAGCACCAACAGUGCAUUGAUGGAGAGUGGAGCAGUACCCUUCCAGUCUGUGAGUUGAUCCGAGAAGCUCCCAAACCAGCUGAGUUGGAGUUGGAGAAGGCACUGCUUGCCUUUCAGGAGAGUGAGGAACUUUGCAAAGCCGUAGAGAACUUUACACAGAGAUUAAAGAAAAGUGGCUUAAUGAUGGAGAAAGUAAAAUGUUCUCUGGAAAUAAGGAAAGCUGAUUUGAAGGCAAAAAUGUUGCCCUGACAUUGUAGCUGAGCAGACUGGGUAAUAGAAAUACUCCUAUGAAUAAAAUUUCCUCUUGGUUCUGAAA